ACCAUUUCUUUCUCAAUCCACCAGGACUCAUUUUCUCAGCAUUUUCCUCUAUUUUCUUCUUCUUCUUCUUCUUCUUUUUCUUCUUUUUCCUUAACCCAGAUCUUCAAUCAUCAAUCUAAGGAAAAGCUGAGAAAAUCUGAAAAAAAAAUGGUGUCCAUGGAUAAUAUCCCAGAAAAUGUACCACGCGAAGAUUCAGGGAGGUGGAUUCUUGAAGGGAUUGAGAUUGACAAAAUGGAGGAGAUUCCAAUCAACGAGCCUCAGGCAUCAUCGGUACCUCAACGAACAAACGAACCGCCAACUUCGUUGAACAAGAGCAAUAGCUUGAUGAGGAAGCAAAGAGGGGUGGCUCAAAACAUAAAGAUGGAAAGAACGGCUUCUGGAGCUUCAAGGGGGCUUAAAAGUUUACGUUUUCUGGACAGGACGGUGACCGGAAAAGAAGCUGAUGCGUGGAGGUCGAUUGAGCAGCGUUUCAUUCAACAUCAAGUUGAUGGGAGGCUCUGUAAGGAGAAAUUUGGAGUCUGCAUUGGAAUGGGAGGAGAUUCGAAGGAUUUCGCAAAAGAGUUGUUUGAUACGCUGACGAGGCGAAGAAAAAUAUGUGGAAAGAAUGGGAUAAAUAAGGAAGAACUGAAGAUGUUCUGGGAAGACAUAACUAAUCAUGACCUUGAAGCUCGGUUGCAGAUAUUCUUUGACAUGUGUGACAAGAAUGGAGAUGGGAAACUCACUGAGGAUGAGGUCAAAGAGGUUAUAAUUUUGAGUGCCUCUGCAAACAAGUUAGGGAAUCUCAAAAAGCAAGCUGCAUCAUAUGCAACUUUGAUAAUGGAAGAGAUGGAUCCUGAUCAUCUUGGUUAUAUAGAGAUGUGGCAGCUAGAAAUUCUACUGAAGGGAUUGGUGAACUGUGAAGAAAAUGACAGGUUUGUUAAAAAAUCCAAUACUCUCACAAGAGCCAUGAUUCCAAAGAGAUACAGAACCCCAUAUAGUAAAUACCAUUGUAUAACAUCAGAAUAUAUCCAUGACAAUUGGAAAAGAAUAUGGAUAAUCACAUUAUGGCUAUUAAUCAACUUUACCCUCUUCAUGUGGAAGUACAAACAAUAUAAGAACAAAGGGGCUUACCAAGUCAUGGGUUCAUGUCUCUGCUUUGCAAAAGGUGCUGCUGAGACUCUCAAGUUCAAUAUGGCUCUCAUUCUUGUUCCAGUAUGUAGGAGAACUCUUACAAAGCUAAGAUCUUCAUUUCUCAAUAACAUAAUCCCUUUCGAUGAUAACAUCAACUUCCACAAGAUGAUAGCACUAGCAAUAGUAAUCGGGACUUUGUUACAUAUGAUUAUGCAUGUAAGUUGUGAUUUUCCAAGAUUGACUUCAUGUCCAAAAGAAAAGUUCAUGGCACUUCUUGGUAGCAAUUUUGACCACAACCAGCCAACUUAUGUUGAUUUGCUACAAAGUACUCCAGGCAUAACAGGGAUCUUAAUGGUCAUCAUAAUGGCUUUUGCCUUCACUUUGGCAUUACAUUCAUUUAGGAAAAGUGUCAUCAAGUUACCAUGGCCUUUCCACCAUUUGGCAGGGUUCAAUGCCUUCUGGUACGCUCAUCAUUUGUUGGUUCUGGCAUACGUGCUCCUCAUCAUACACGGCUAUUUUCUGUUUCUCACCAAGGAGUGGUACAAGAAAACGACAUGGAUGUAUGUCAUGGUACCAAUGAUGUUCUAUGGUUCUGAAAGAAUUUCUGCAGUUGUCAACGAACGCAAGCAUCGUGUCAACAUUAUCAAGGCAACAAUAUACACAGGAAAUGUUCUUGCACUAUAUGUAAGCAAACCUCCAGGGUUCAAGUACAAGAGUGGAAUGUACAUAUUUGUUAAGUGUCCAGAUAUAUCUAGUUUUGAAUGGCAUCCCUUUUCCAUAACAUCUGCACCGGGAGAUGACUACUUGAGUGUCCAUAUUCGUACCUUAGGGGAUUGGACCUCAGAGCUCAAAAACAAAUUCGCAGAGGUUUGUCAGCCGGAAAAUACACAACCAAAGAAUGGAACUCUCAUUAGAAUGGAAACGAGAGCCAAUUCUCGUAAUUUCGAACAUUCACAAAAAGGUGUCAAGUAUCCAAAAAUCUUUAUCAAGGGACCAUUUGGAGCCCCAGCUCAGAACUACAAGAAGUAUGACAUCCUCAUGCUCAUAGGUCUUGGAAUUGGAGCAACCCCAUUCAUCAGCAUUAUGAAAGAUCUCUUGAACUGCAUUAAACUAAAUGAUCCUGAGGAAUUUUCUGGCAGUACUCAUCCAACAGGAAUAAAUAAGAAGUGUCCUCAAAGAGCAUAUUUCUAUUGGGUAACAAGAGAACAAGGAUCCUUUGACUGGUUUAAAGGUGUCAUGAAUGACAUUGCAGAAUUCGACCAAAAUCAUAUAAUAGAAAUGCACAACUACUUGACCAGUGUACAUGAAGAAGGCGAUGCACGGUCUGCACUUAUUGCCAUGGUUCAAAAGCUACAACAUGCUAAGAAUGGACUUGAUGUUGUCUCAGAAAGCCGGAUAAAAACACAUUUUGCAAGACCCAACUGGAGAAGGGUGUUUUCUAACUUGGCAAGCACACAUGAAUCUUCUCGGAUAGGGGUUUUCUACUGUGGAAGUCCUACACUCACCAAAACACUGAAGGACCUUUGCCAUGAAUUUAGCUUAAAUUCAACAACCCGUUUCCAUUUCCACAAAGAGAACUUCUAGAAAAAGUCAAUUCAUCCCUUCAAAUUAAAAAAAAAAAAAAAGAAGAGAAAAACCAAUUAGCAGAUGAAGAAACUCUAGCAUGGUUCCAUUAAUUCAAGCAGUUGAAGAUAAGAAAAUAGAAAAAAAAAAAAAAUUCCAUCUCACAGUCAAUAUUUGUUCUGAAUUAUACAGGGUGAAAAGUAGAAGAGACCAAAAAAUGAAAAAAGAAAAUUACAACAAACAGGAAAACAAACAGAAAGAGAAACACAUUCUGGAUAUGGUUGUGUUUGGAGUUAGCUUGCUUGAAAUUCUGUGUAAAAUUUUGUGAAAUGAAGCUAAGCUGAGUUUUCCAGCUUCUUGUUUUGU